AAGGCAAUAAGAGUGAAAUUAAAGUUAAUUAAAUUGUUGAAAAAAGAAAAAGAAAGAGAAAAAAUGCAAGGAGCAAAGAAUACCGGACAGAGCAUUAAGGAGAAAGCUGCUAAUGUUGGUGCUUCUGCUCAAGCUGGUUUGGAGAAAACCAAGGCCACCGUCCAAGAAAAGGCUGAGAAGAUGAGUACACGUGACCCUGUCCAAAAACAGAUGGCAACACAAAAGAAGGAACACAAGACCAACCAAGCCGAGAUGGAGAAGCAAGCGGCUUAUAAUCAAAACGCCGCCCACAAAGAGGCGGCACGAGCCGAGGACAUAGCCCCAGGCUACUACGGAACUGCCGCUCAUUCCACAACCGGACAACAUGGACAUCCUACUGGAGGCCACCAGAUGUCUGCGUUACCUGGCCAUGGAACUGGACAGCCCACAGGUCAAGUGACUGAGGGAGUGAUAGGCUCACAUCCUAUUGGGACUAACACCGGCACGACUCAAACCUCUACGACCACUACCGCUCGUAAUACACGUGCUGGUGUUAAUCCCAAUGAUCCUAGGUAUGGGCAUGGAACCGGUGGUUCAUACUAAGCAUAAGUAGUCCAAAAAAUAUGGUUUAGUUGUUAUAAUAAUAAUAAUAAUAAUAAUAUAAUACGUGUGAGGUUUAAUAAAAGGUAAAAAGUAGAGAGAGAAAAAAUGUUUGGUUUAAAAUAGUGGUGUGGUUUUAGUAACUAAGAGUACUUUAAUUUCGUUUUCCGUUUUGAUGUUAUUUUCUCUUGUUACGUUCGAGUCUUGUGUGCCAACAAUGUACUCUUAUUUUUAUUUUAUCCGUGUAACGUGGAGCAUCCUGUUCGUGAAGAAAAGUAAUAGAGUUUGUAGUUUGUUUUUUC